UCGGGCAGUGGAUCUGGCGCAGGACGUGGUGCCGGAGCCGGUAGCGGCUCAGGAAGUGGAGCUGGUGCCGGCAGUGGAUCAGGUCGUGGUUCGGGUAGCGGAGCGGGCGCAGGGUCUGGUAGGGGCUCAGGAUCCGGUGUCGGUAUAGGCCGAAGUACUCGAUCCAGUUGGAGCCAUACUUUAGGUCCAAGAAGCAGUUUAUGGAUUGCUGUCAUGAAUGAAGGUGUCUGCACUUGUCUUGCACGACUCCCUAGAGAUUAGUUUGCCACCUAAAAAAUGGCUCAUAGAUUUCACUAAGUAGUCGAAAACGAUAUCAUAUUUUUUUUGAAGAUUCAUUAUAGAAUAUCCAUGAGCACAAUUAAAUCACGAUAUGAUACUAUUUAAUAUUAGGAAAAACACAUGCUGCACUAUACAAAAAUCACUCAAUGCACUUGUUUUGUACGUAUUACAUCGAACAGUAAUGGCACUAAAUAAAUUUAUUUAUGCACUGCAUGAACUGAAAUUCUGUGACAAUCUUCAUCAUUUGCCCACCCGAAAAAUUUAAACUUCCCGGGAAUACCAGCAUGCUCGAUCAUUGAAAAAGGCAAUUGACUAAAGUAGAGGUUUGAGGUUCUACAGUUAUCUACAGUAGCGUAGCGCGCUCCCUUUCUUGGGAUGCAGUACUACGAUGCCGUUGGGGUUAGUCAAACCCCCAGAACUGAGCCUUUACUUUAGUCAAUCCUCGUUGGCUCUCACAAUUGUAAAUGAGAGAAUAACAAUAAAAGUAUGGAAUCCGAGGACGACAACCGUGAAUUUUACUUCGAGUCCGAUCAUCUCGCAUUAAAAGGCAACAAAGACUACAUGUCAUUGUUGCAAACAAUUGUGAUGUUGGAGGCUCAAAGGGCCCAGGCAAUUCGCGACCUGGACACAUUGCUCUCGUACCGAGCAAAAGCAAUGCAAGACCCGAUAUCGUUCGUUUCAGAGUUGCAAAAUGGUAAUCUCCCGGAAUUACCAGGGCGUCAUAAAAUUCCAGAUAUUCCAUACAUAGAUUGGAGUGCGUAUAAUAUCACUGGGCCAGACUCUCGAAUAAAACCACAAACAAGACAUGGAAAUGUUAUUCCACAGCUGCAAGUUAAGCCGGAGCCAGACGAUGGAAAGAUUCUCGUUCGUGGUCGAGCAUUCGAUGAGAGUAAACCUGAGACUUUUAAUCAAUUGUGGACUGCUGAAGAGCAGCGUCGACUGGAGGAAUUAUUAGUGGAAUAUCCUCCGGAGGAGGUCGAGAUGAAGAGAUGGACUAAAAUAGCAAACGCCUUGGGUAAUCGAACACCUAAACAAGUUUCCAGUCGAGUGCAGAAAUAUUUCAUAAAGCUUCUGAAAGCUGGCCUGCCGAUUCCAGGGCGAGGGCCGAAGGUUAAGACUGAUUUUAAAAAAGGUGUUCAUCAUCGCAAUCUCAAAGGAUUAUUUAGAAGAUCGACAUUCUUCCCCCAUCAGGACAAUGAUUAUGAAGAGAGAGAGGAGACGAGAUCCCAUCCCUCGAUCACAACAGAAGAUUCGGAGGAUGAUGCAUGUGCCAGUACCAGUGCAGAAGAAACGUCAGAUUUACGACAAAUUCAACUGCUCAAAAGAAUAAAAGCAGAAAAGGAGGAGCAAGGGCCACUGUAUCAACACUUCGGUUAUAAGUGCUCGAUCUGCAACGAGGAGCCUUUGAAGGGGACUCGUUGGCACUGCACCGAGUGCCCUGACGUUGACCUCUGUGGAGACUGUGCUGUAGCCCAGAUGGAAGCUGUCAAUCCCAUCCACACUCCCAUGCACAGACUCGCGGAUAUUCGUCCACCAGAAUGCUCCAGGAGUUAUGACACAGAUUAUUACCCUCAGAAUUUCGACGACUCCUCUUCCUAUAAUUAUCUCGAUCCGAAUUUCUUACCAGGAUAAUGUCAAUGUAUCGAUGAUUUAUUCAGCUCAAAAAUAUUUUCCAAUGUCACGAGAA